CCAGCCCCCUCCCUACUUCAUCGUCCAGACUUUCCACUCAUGAGCGCUUAGCAAACCUGCCAUCGCAGCUCCAGAGCUCCAGCUCCGCCUAUAGCCAGCUCUCGGGCCGCUCCUCGAUCGCCUCCCCCCUCGCCGGCGCCGCCAUGGACCGCAAGGACAAGUCCCGCAGGGGCUCCUCGAGCUCGGCGGCGGCGGCGGCGUCCAUGGCCGCGCUCGCCGCGGCCGCGGCGGCCGGCGAGGGCUCGAGCUCCGGCUCCGGGUCGGCCGACGGGGCGCUGCCGCCGCUCGGGGAGGAGGAGGACCAGAAGCCUCCCAAGCUGGCGGCCGUUGCCGGCGCCUCCAGCUCCUCCCCGGUGCCGGCGAGGAGGGGCGCGGCGGCGGGCGCCGGCGGCGGGCCGAGGUGCCAGGCGGAGCGGUGCAACGCCGACCUGAACGAGGCGGGGCAGUACAACCGGAGGCACAAGGUGUGCCAGACGCACUCCAAGGCACCCGUCGUGCUCGUCGCCGGCCUCCGCCAGCGCUUCUGCCAGCAAUGCAGCCGGUUCCACGAGCUGUCGGAGUUCGACGAGGCCAGGCGCAGCUGCCGCCUGCGCCUGGCGGGGCACAACGAGCGCCGCCGCAAGAGCUCGGCGGACACGCACGGCCACGGCGGCGGCGGCGGUGGUGGCGGCAGCAGCAACGGCGGCGCCGGCGGCAGCAGCAGCAGCAACGGUGGCGCCGGCGACGGGUGCCGCCACGCCGACCAGGACGGCCGGGGCCACCAGGGGAACCCGCCGCCGAACCACUUCCAGAUCAGAUAAACCAACUAUCUAAGCAUGCUCCCUCUCUUCUGUCAUGCAGCUAGCUAGCAGCACAUGUAUGUGCGUGCGUGCGUGCGUCUACGUAGCCCCAGUGUCGUGCCGUGUAUUGCUCUACGUGCUAACUUGGCAGCUCACAUCACCUCCUGUAAUAACGUGACGUGCGCCGGCCGGAGGUGUAUGUGCAAUGUGUCGAUCUGCCACAAAACCUAGCUGUUGAUGCUGCUGAUUGUUGUAACCUAACCUGCAGGCAAUUUAAGCAGGGACUGCUAGAGCAAUUAGUGUGUGUGUGUGUGUGGAUUACCGGAUGUGUAAUCCAGUGGCCUGUGCUAAAUCAAACGGUAAUCCGUGCAGGCCCUGUGUUGAUGUUGUGCUCUGGUAAUUGUGGUAACAUGUAUGCUAGUGGUGUCUUAUAUAUUGGUUGGCUCUCA